AUGGCAAGCAACAAACAUCUCCCUCUAGUCCUCCUCCUCAUCACCAUCAUCAUCACUACAUCCUCCACUUCUCUUCCUUCUCUUGCGGCGGAGCAAAACAAACUCGAAAUCAAAAUCAUUGACGCAAUGAUCUCCGGUGGAAGUUUCGACAAUUGGAGCGAAGCUUUCCUCGCCACGAACGACGAAGUAAAUGGUCAAGUCCUCACUUCCACUCUCUUCCUCCCCAAAACCUCCGUCGAAGGAAUCAACGCCACGUCACCACUCGUUGCUGCUUACCACAUCGUCCCACAAUUGCUUCACUUCUACAACAUAAGCCUCAUGAAGCCUUUCCAUCGCUUCCCUACGCUUCUCUCUGGAAACUCCAUCGUUGUAACCAACAAUUCAGCUUUAGGUUUUACCCUCGAUGGCGUUCUCAUCUCUGAGCCUGAUUUAUUCGUUUCUCCUUCAAUAGUUAUACAUCGAAUCGCGUAUCCGUUUAACUUCUCUCGAUAUGGUGGCGACAAUAUAUAG